UGGCAGUGUAGGUAGGUAGAAGCCUUAACAAAGCGGAAGUGGCGCCGGCUGCUUCACGGUUCACUCAUUAGUGGAGGCCGCCGACUGCGACGCGUUUACUACGAGUGUUACAAAAAUGGUGAAGAUAUUUGUCGGCAACCUGCCCGAAGAGGCAACCGAGCAGGAAAUCCAGGCCCUCUUCGCUGAGCACGGCACGGUCACAGAAUGCUCCAUCGUCAAGAACUUCGCUUUCGUUCACAUGGAUGACCGCAAGGCCGCCACGAAAGCCAUCAAGUCCUUGAACCUUUACAAACUCCACGGCUCGGCGAUCAACGUCGAAGCCAGCCACGGGAAGAACCACGGAGCGGUUAAGCUGCAUGUGGCCAACGUAGAUCGAGGAAUGGAUAACGAGCUGCGCGCGUUAUUCGAAGAGUACGGGAAGGUCACCGAGUGUUCCAUCAUUAAGAAUUUUGCUUUCGUGCACAUGUCGAACUCGGAUGAGGCUAUGGAUGCCAUUCAGGGACUCGAUAACUCUGAAUUUCAAGGUAAACGCAUCCACGUGCAAAUUUCCAAAAGCCGCCCCCGCGAGGAUCAGGAGGAGUAUCCGCCCCCAAAUGGCGGUGGCUUUUGGCCUCCCCCUUUCCCGGGAAACAGGCCUGAGCAUCCCCCGCCGGGCUUCGUGAGAAAUCGCCCCAUGGGCCCGGGUUACCCCGCCCCGCCUUUGCCGCCCCCUCCCCCACGGCGAGCCAUGUACCCCGAGCGUCCACACGACGGCAAUCGCGGCGGUUACGGCGUAGUCGAUUACUACGAAAAGUACAGAGCUCACCCUUACGGCGUGGGUCCUGGCGGCCCGCCGCCCCCGCCGCCUCCCCCUCCCGGCGUCGCGCGAGAGCAUCCGAUGAAUCCCCCCCUCGAGCCGUACGAGCGUCGGCCGCCGCCUCCUCCUUUUCCUCCGUCGCCCUACUACGGCCGAGACCGCAGCCCUCACCACCGAGGGCCGAGCGCCGCCGCUCCUCCUAACGGUAACGGGUACGCCUACGACCGUUCCCAUAUCGCUCCCGUUUCCCGGGUCCCGCCGUACGGAGUUCCUCGACCCCGGGACCCCUACGCGGCGCGACCGCCGCCUCCGCCCCCUGCUCGCUACGGUUAUUAAAAAGCGAGGCCCAAGGAUCGUCGUUCGCCUGCGUCGCCUCUCGCCACCAUCGGAUGUUCGUGACGCUCUUUCCACUUCACGUCUACGACGGAGCGCGUUUAUGUUCCCCUGCAUUACAAAGGAACUGAAAUGCCGACGUCUUGUUAUUCCUCCAGUUUUGACCCGAAUUUUUUUUUUGGAUUGUUUCAUUGUGAUGUAGAAACUUUAAUAUUUGCCGAUUUUAAACAGUUUUUCCUCUUUAAAUGUCUUUUUGUGAGUUUAAAUAACAGCAGGUCUCAAUCUAAUUUCCCUGUGUAAAUGUCGACACCUUAAUAGUGAACGCGACGACAAAAAACGUCGGCCCUGAAAACGAAUCGUGCUUAAACCGCUGCUCGGACAGCUCUUGUACCUGCACUGAACCUGUCUUCGAACCAUUUGUGUCGUCUAAUUAACUGACAAGUGUGGCCCUUUUAAACAAAGUGGAAAAUCGAUUUCCUCGUAAAAAUGGCGCGCUGUCGUCAUCAACGUCAAAAUGAGUUAAAUGACGCUCGCGUACAUUUGAUUAAGCCCCACCCCUCCCCAGAAUUAACAGGUAAGUCAACUGGAUCCACAUCUGAUGUAAAUUCAAACCAUUGCAAGUAUUUGUAUUGUUUUCAUACUGUUUGUACUUUAGAGCCCUCCGGGGAAGCCAAUAAUAGAUCCCUAAUUAGUAUUUUUCUGUUGGAAAACUCAUUAACUAGAUUUCAUGGCGAAAUGUUAGAUUGUUAAAUCUUGUAGUUUGACCUGCAUGAAUAAAGUUUUUAUAUUAAAAAAAAAAAGCUUGUUUUUGUUCCACCUUUUCAGGUUGCAAUGUUAAGUGCAAGAACAACAGUUUAAUAUCGUCACAAUACAUUUAAGUGAAUACAAGUCUGCUUUGACAAAGUCCAUAGUGUAAGAGAUGUCCGGAAAAACAAUGAAAUAGCAAGAAUUAUGGACUUCUGGUACGAGUCCACAAGGUGGCAGAAGAAACCCUGGUGCACGAAUUAUUUUUGUUUAAUGUUUUUAUUACGUUCUUAUCAAAUUUGCGGUGCUCAUUUGACAUCCAAUUGUAUCAUUACUCGGCGUGUAUUUUCUGAUGGACAAUAAAAAAAUACCAAUAUUAAAGCGAAUAAUUGAAACCAAGGGCCUAGGUUUGGUCUCAAUAUUGGUAGGAACGAUAUAACAGCAAAAGCUGCAUGUACACUUUUUGCUGGGGGCAGGACAUUAAUAAGACCAAACAUUUAAA